UAAGUUUAAAAACCCUGUUUUUUUAAACCUUUAAUUUAUGGCUCUUGGACCUUAGUAAUGUAGUAAAGUUUUUAAAAAGGCCUUAAUCAGAUAAUCUUCUUCUGGUUUUGUCACCAACUCUUUUGCAGACAUGUCCAACAAACACAAUAGUGUCUGUGCAUAGGGAUUGCCCUGUUGUUACUCACUCUUCACUGAAGCCCAGACAUCCCUCCCCCUCCACGGUGUGAGUGGUUUAAAGUUUCUCUAGCUGCUCUCUCAUUGGCCGCUGAAGUUUUUCUGGGGGAGAAUAACUGGAGAGCCGUGCGCUGCAGGGCGCACAGCAGCAGCAGAGCGCAGAGCGGAGCUGCGUGCCGUGUAACAUCCCGUGUAAUCCCAUCGAGCUCCACUCUCGGUCAACAGGGGAAGAGGAGUCCGAGCUAUGGAGAUGAGCAGAGACAGAACGACAGUUUUAUAAAGAUUUUGGACGGGAUUAUCGCCUGGCUUUAUUUUUUAUUUAUUAUUUUAGGCAUUUACAUUUUUGCACACACCUCACUUGAAAAUGCCUGCAGUGGCCGCAUGGAUUACCGCAGUUUGGAUUUUACUUUUGGCCGUUCAUGAUGCGGCUCACGGCAACUACUCUGAGGACCAGUGCACCUGGAGGGGAAGUGGAUUGUCCCAGCAGAAAGGCAGCGUGGAGCAGAUCUCCCUCCACUGCUCUGAGGGCACCCUGGAGUGGCUGUAUCCCAAAGGAGCCCUGCGUCUCACCCUCUCACCCCGCCUGCCCUCUGUGGCAGUGGGUCCAGGUGGUGGCAGCAGCUCCGGCCUCAUCACGGCCUGCGUCAAGCCCUCGGAGCAGUUCCACGGAGCACAGCUCUACUUGGAGAGGGAGGGGGUCCUGGAGCUCCUGGUAGGGGACCGUCUAGAGUCGUCACCGCCACCUAGGGUCCGGUGCUUCAGCCGAUUGCCUGGGGAGAAGGUGGCGCUGUUUCUGCAAGCCACACCCCACCAGGACAUCAGCAAGAGGAUUGCCUCCUUUAGGUACGAGCUGAGAGGCGAUUGGACGGCUCGCCUGUCGCUUGACUCCAACAACAUCAGCAGUGAAGAUGCCUGCAGACCCUGCAACAACACUGAGAUUCUAAUGGCUGUUUGCACCAGUGAUUUUGUGGUGCGUGGAAACAUCCAGUCAGUGGAAGAAGACGAGAACCUAAAGGCAGCAGUGAUCAAGGUUAGCGCCACCCGGGUUUUCCGUCAGAAGUACGCCCUGUUCACUGGCAACAGUCGCCUCACCAGCAAAGGCGACAUCAGGACACUUUUGCAGUGUGGUGUCAGGCCUGGGCCCGGCAGUUUCCUGUUCACUGGUCGAGUCCACUUUGGCGAGGCCUGGUUGGGCUGCGCCCCCCGCUACAAAGACUUCCAGAGGGCGUACACUGUGGCCAAAGCUGCCCAGCAGAUACCCUGUGAACUGCCCAUAGACUGAGCUUCAACCAGUGACGAAGCUUGUCUCUCCCAUAGAGUAAAGGCUGAACUAAAGCCAGACCAAACUAGUCCUGUUCCAGGUUUCGGAAAAGGCCGCAAUGUGCAAAUGUCCAGACGACAUUGCCAAGGUGUCACCGAUGGAACUUCCCAAAGGACUGAGGAGUGAAAUGGACUCUCCCAACACCAUUUCAGUGCAAUACGCAGUCACGUGGUCCAAGAGAACCUGGUGGAGCUGCAACAUGAGCAACGUGGAGGAAGCGGAGAUUGUAAGCUUCUGGCAUCAGACAGGUUUUUCAAACAGCGAUGCCUUUAUGCUGGUUCAGAGAAAAUCUUUAGAAAAAGCUUUUCCAUUUAGGGUAAAUCAAGUUAAGGGAUUAAGUCGGGCCUUUUCACACUCACAGCUUAGAAACUCAGGAAACACAGAAGAAAAGUUCCUCUUUCUAGUUGAUAUCCUGUUGGGGAUUCACUGAAAUCUUUUUUUUUGUUUUCUUGGCUGACAUCUUCCCUGGGGUCAUGCCAUUCUCAGCAUUAAUAUUUCUUAGCAGAUCAUAAAGAAAAUUAAAAAUCCUGUCAAAGGGAACAAAAAAAACAUUUGCACUGAUUAAAGAAAGGGAUCGGUCUGGAACGACAGAAGCUGCAAGCACUAAAAACCAAAUAUAAAGAGGAACUAUAUGUAGCAUAGAGGAGCAAAGGAGACAUUUUAAUAUAUGUACCAACUGUGAGCGCCUGCAGAGCUCAGUGCAGUGCUGUGAGCACUUUCAUACUCGUGCCAACUCAGAGAUUUUGAUAAAACUAGAUUAAAGCUCCUUAUUUCUAUGUUUCACUUCAGCAGCAGGAAAGUGUUGGAACUGGACCUUUAAACUGUGUCACCAAAGCAGCAGCAGGUCAACGUGUUGUCGGGUCAUUUACUGCUUUGUAAUAAGUUUUGGCAUUUUCGUAACAGUGUAUAAGAGAAAAGGGGCCAAAUGGAUUUUCUUUUUUAACAAAAUUGUAAUUGAAGAACAUUCUCAGAUAUUUUUUAUUUUUCUACAUUACUUUAGACCACCUUAAAACACUUUAAAAAAUAUAUAUAUACAUAAUUGUAAGGGGAGAAUUAUUGGGGGGGGAAAUAAUAAAUAAAUUAUAAAUUUAUUUUAAUAAAAAUUAACACUUCAGCCAUUUUUCUAAACAAACCUCUGUUCUAAUUAAUUGUAGUAAUAAUUCAAAUUUCAGGGAAAAACAAGACAAUACCAAGUUUAACCUCACAAUCAAUCAUCUUUAUUUAAAGUCAUAUUUCUAAAACAAACUGAUUACGUAAACUACUAUAAAAAAACAGGCAUUUUUGCUUUGUAGGUUAAAAUUCUGGCAUAAAGGUUGUUAUCCUGCUCAGAAAUAACCCUUAAAAAUAACAUUCACCUGCACCGAGUCCUCUUCCAUACUGAUGUCAGUAAACAAAAACUUGGAUUAAUUGGAGGAAAAUUAAUAAGUAAGAACAUUACAAACCUACACACUGGGUACAAAGAUUUCUACAUUUAAUGUAUGUGCACUACAUCUAAAAGAGAAGAGGUUCAGACCAAACGACUACAACGUGCUGAAGUCUUCAAAAUGCAAACACUGCCAUUUUUCUGUUUGUGACAUUUCCUCUGAAUGUGUUCAUAUAAAUGUGAAUGUAAAUAUGUAAAUAAGAAAUUCUAGAAACAAAUGGUGUGAAACCGUUGUCUCUUCAUUGUGGAUUAUUUUUGUGUUUGUCUGAUUUAUUAAAAAUAUAUACUGUAAGAAAAUCA